AUCAUUUUAUUUCCACUUUCCAUGGAGCAAUAAACCCUAAAGCCUCUUCUCCAAGUCUUUCAGCUUUUUUUCUACAAAUCCCACAGUUUUAACUCUUCUCACAAACACCGAUUCCUAUCAGACUCUGAGUAAACUAAAAACCGCACCAAAAGAUUCUUUGUGAUGAAAAUAGCAUACCCAUACAUACACAUGCGAGCCGAAUGAUCCAGAGAUCAUCUCCUCUUUCCUUGGCGUCAAUCGAAACCCUCUUAAGGCUCUGCAAAUCCGAAGUCCAGCUUCGUCAAAUCCAUGCCAAAAUCAUCCGUAAAGGUCUUGAGCAAGACCAGAAUCUCGUAUCCAUCUUCCUCUCCUCCUCCUCAUCUUCUUCUUCCUCUCUCCCUUACUCAUCCUCUGUUUUCGAGCGUGUUCCUCACCCUUGCACUCAUCUCUGGAACUGUCUCAUCAAACGAUACUCUAAUAAUAGGUUUCUCUUAUUCGACACGGUCUCGCUUCUCGUCCGUAUGAUGAGAGCAGGCUUGGCUCGACCCGACGAGUAUACUUUCCCUUUGGUUGUGAAAGUUUGUGCUAGCAACGGACAGGUUCGUGUUGGCUCAUCGGUUCACGCGUUGGUUCUGAGAAAUGGGUUUGAUAAAGACGUGGUCUUGGCCACAAGUUUUGUUGAUUUCUAUGGUAAAUGUAAGGAUUUACCGAGCGCACGCAAGGUGUUUGGUGAAAUGCCUGAGAGAAACGCGGUUUCUUGGACUGCUUUGAUCGUAGCGUAUGUGAGAUCCGGAGAGUUGGAGGAAGCGAAGAAGAUGUUCGACGUUAUGCCUGAGCGUAAUAUUGGAUCUUGGAAUGCUUUGAUCGAUGGGUUUGUCAAGUCCGGAGAUUUGGUCAAUGCUAAGAAGCUGUUCGACGAAAUGCCUGAGAAAGACGUGAUUUCGUAUACCUCUAUGAUUGAUGGAUACGCUAAAGGUGGUGAUAUGCGUUCUGCUCGGGUUUUGUUUGAGGAAGCGAGUGAUGUUGAUGUUAGGGCAUGGUCAGCUUUGAUAACGGGCUAUGCGCAGAACGGCCAGCCAAAAGAGGCGGUGGGGAUGUUUUACGAAAUGUGUGAGAAGAAUGUCAAACCUGAUGUGUUUGUGAUGGUGAGUUUGAUGUCGGCUUGUUCCCAGAUGGGUAGCUUUGAGUUAUGUGAACAGGUUGAUACUUAUCUGCACCAAAACAUGGCGAAUGGAUUAUUAUCUAGUCAUUAUGUUACACCUGCUUUGAUAGAUAUGAAUGCCAAAUGUGGCCACAUGGAGAGAGCAGCCAGACUGUUCGAAGAGAUGCCUAGGCGGGAUCUUGUCUCGUACUGUUCGAUGAUGGAAGGAAUGGGUAUUCAUGGGUGUGGAGGCGAAGCUGUUCGGCUGUUUGAGAGAAUGUUAGAGGAAGGUAUUGUUCCCGACAGUGUUGCCUUCACUGUGAUAUUGAAAGUUUGUAGCCAAGCUAAGCUUGUUGAAGAUGGUUUAAGGUAUUUCGAGUUGAUGCGAAAGGAAUAUUGCAUUGUGGCAUCUCCCGAUCAUUAUUCCUGUGUGGUGAGCCUUCUUAGCCGGUCAGGAAAGCUUAAAGAGGCCUAUGAGCUUCUUAAAUCAAUGCCUGUGGAGCCUCAUGCUAGUGCCUGGGGUUCGGUUUUGGGUGGUUGUAGUGUGCAUGGAGAUACUGAGAUAGCAGAAGCAGUUGCAAGGCGACUUUUCGAGCUUGAGCCGCAAAGUGCUGGUAACUAUGUGCUUUUGUCAAACAUGUACGCAGCUAUAGACCGGUGGGCAGAUGUGGCUCUUGUUAGGGAUAAGAUGAAGGAGAAUGGAAUUAAAAAGAUCUCUGGUCGAAGUUGGAUAGGUCGAUAAGCACUACUUGGCGUCUAACCCGUGUCAAUGGAAGACUUUGGUUAACUUAAACAUGGCAUUCACGCAAAAGGACCUAAAAUAGUUCUAUCAUUAUGGCUUUAUUGUUUGUAAAUUUGUUUACUUCUUACUUAACCAGAACCACCCUGAAACAUCGGUGCGUCCAAUUUUUGUAUUACCUAUCUCGAAUGUUUCAGAGACGUAAGAUUCUGUUCAAACUGAGAAAACUAAGAGAGAUGAAAGAUCGUUAGAGAACUAAGAUAUACAUCAUCAGUAUGCUUGUGAACAUUUUUAUCCUAUUGUAGGUUCCAAUUCCGUUA